AUGCCUGUGCCUGGCAUUGUCGCUGCUCCGCAACCGAGUAGCCUGCAAGAGAAAGGGCUGCUGCACGGAGUCCAGCCACAUGAGGUGGUGCAGCGUGGCAUAGACUUGUUUCGUCCUGAGCUGUCAGUGGAGGACCUUUGGGGGGCCAGUCCGCCAACAGGCGCAGCUUUCUUAGAAGCUGUCCUGAGCUUCUAUGGUGAUGGUGUCCAUGAUGUACCCUGGUUCUUCCAAUCUGCUGGUGAUGGCGAGAACGUGUCGUCUGGCUUGGCAAGAUCAAUCGUACGCUCCCCACUCUCCCGAGAGAUACAGGAGGCCACAGUGCAAAACUAUAAGGAACGGAUCUUCCGGGAGUCCAUCUCGCAGGUUGCUGCUGGUGAGCCUGUCUUCAAGUUUCGCUCUGCUGAGAAGUGCUGGCCCUGUGAGGCCGGCACAUGGAAUCACAGAGCAGAGGCAGUGUAUCGGGCUGCUGCAGAAAAUGCAGAGCACCACAACGUCCAGCCAGUCCUUGCUAGGGGCCUGAAGAAUGUAAAGUUCAUUCAUUGGAGAGUGCCUGCCAAGAUCUGGCAGAGGUUCAUCAUUACGCACAACAGCUUCCACGUGGGAAGUGGUCAAAACUUUAUCGACCAUUUGGAGGAGGCAAUCUCCCUCGAAUGCGAAUGGGAGCUUGAAACCUCAAGAUCAGGCUUGCAUUCGGCAAAUCCUCGAUACAAGAACGCGUAUCGUGAUUUCAUCCUCGCAAAGAGUCUCUACUUCCGUGACUGGGACUCCUACAGGAAGGCCUUGUCGCUUGCUCACAUGCUGCAGAACAAGUUCAAAAUAUGGCCAGCUUGCCGCCAGUUCUGGAACACAUACGUUGAUUUCCUGGGAGCGGACAUGGACGCAUCUGCCGUCUUGCGCUGUAUGCACCAGUUGGCCCUCCUCAUCACGGGGAAUAUGAGCAAGUUCUACAGUACUUCCCAGGUGCCCAAGGCUUCUGGAAAGGCAAGCAGCGAGCGGCUGCCAGGUUGGUCAUUCCAACGGUGGGAUCACGAUAGUACCAAAAUGAAUCUCAUAAAUCUCCCAAUGGGUGAGAGCGUAGUUGCGCGGAAACUCACUGUGCGAAGCGAUGACCCAGAUGGCAAGACCACUGGCAAACGUGCCCAAGUCUGCGGAGACGUCCGUCAGGAAUUAGCGGGCUUGGGCGUGCGCGCCAAACAGGCUCGUGUGCAGGGCCCAGCUGAGGCUGCAGCCUCUGCGACCGCCAACACCAAUCUUCCAGCCUCGGAGGAGCAGGCGGCGUCAAGUUCGUUGCUGGACCUUGCUGGUGAUGAUGGACGCUCUGUGGCUGGAUGCGGCGAUGCGAGCGCAGCAGGUUCUAGCAAAGGGGUCGGCACGAGUGCAGGGGAAGUCAAGAUCAAGAAGUCUGACAAGAAGAGUGCCUUCACUCCUUUCUCCCUGGACGCAGGAAAGCGCCCCAUCACAGCCAUGGACGAUUUCAUGCAGUGCAUGAAGUACGCAGAGAAGGUUGUGAAGGUGCCCAAGGAGAGCCUGGAGAACACCUUUUCCUUCUGUGCUGGGCUUUUCCUGCAGUUCACGUUUGAGAGCCGCGUGUGCUUGAAUGGGAAGGAUUUGAGGGUCUGGAGCGCAGCCCGGGCAGAACUCCAGGCCACAUUCGUGGCCGCUAUGGACUUCCUGGGCGACGACAUCGGCGACCGCAAAACUCUUGGCAAGUCGAACGCGCUCAGCUUGAGUGCAUUCGACCUGGCCAAAGCUCUUUGCCGCACUUACACCAGCGUCCUGGUUCAGUCUCUCGUGUUGGACAGCGAGGAGAGCCAAGGCAUGCGACGAGUUGCGACCACCAUGUCCAUUCAGUACGAUCAGGUCGUGGUUCCCUUGAAGCGCUUUGUGGAGACGCAGAUGAAGCUUCCGAUCGUCAUGCACGACGUGGUUCGGGCCAACAAGAGGAUGGACCUGAUUGGUCUCCUGUGCUUGAUUCAAGACCGGGUCUCGAAGACUCUGCCAUUCCAGUGGACCCUCUUUGCCACCGACGUGGCGGAGCUGUAUGCCGCUCGUGGUCAUUUCGUUGAGCGUACAGACGAGGUGUUCGAUCCAAAUACCUUGGAGAAGUUCCUUGGCUUGCGCCUCCAAUACUUGGCACGCCUCGUGAGUUCAGCUUGCACCUGCAUCUGCGAACUGGUCAUCACGAACAAUAGCCCAGUGACCUUUCAGAUGCUGUCCAUUUGGGCAGAUCAAGUGCAACCCGAGAUGGAUGUACUUGUUCCCUUUGACUCCCUGCUGUCAGCGGCUGAUUGGGCGACAAAGUGGGCUGAAGUUUUGCAACACGCUGAGAGCAUGGCCGACUUGGUCCGGAAAGUGCAGGAGAAGGUGAAGGUUCAGCCAGAGGGCGACUCAGAAGUUUCAAAAGCUGCCGGAGCAAGCGCCUACAUGCAGCUGCGCAAGACCAACGAGGCGGAGGGAUUGGAGCAGAGCAAGCCCGACGCACUUGCCACUGCUAACGGGGGCAAGACUACCAAGCCAGGUGAUGGAAAAAGUUCUCCUCUUUCCACGAGCAUCUCGCUGGCGGUGGUGAACAACUUUGUGAGCGACAGCUUCCAGGCCACUGUGAGGCUUUCGAAGGAGUGCCAGGUCUUGGGGAUGACCACUAUCAGCGCAGCCUUUGUCAAGAAGCUUGAGCAUAAGCUGAACGCUGCUUUGUGGGAUGCCUAUCAUGAUCUUGGCCAAGGUCAAGAUGAGGCGGUACGCAUCAGUGUCAAGUCCCCUGGCGCCAAGGGUGGCAAGGAUGUGGUGCAGGUUGCGUUGCCCGUCGCUGACGGCUUGCGCAUGCCCUACAUGAAUCGAGUAUGCGCUGUGAAGAUGCCAAAGGCGAUUUGGUGCUGCAAGGUUGACUUCUACAUGGAGCCAUGCAAGGAUGCUGUGAACACAGAGUUUGUCGUUCCAGCAUGGGCCGCACGAUGUGUUUCACGCAAUGACCAAGCAUUCUUUGAGGCAAAGGCCGUCUUGCGCAACGUGAUUCUCUACAAGGUUGGUGACUCGGAGCUAGACUUUGACAUCAUGGGCCUUCCUGAUAAAGACACUCCUGCUUACUCGGCCCGCAAAGCCCGCAUCGACGAAGUUCAGAAUGCAGCGCACGUCGUGGUGCCGCUUACAAUCCAGUGCUUGUCGCCCGUCUCCGACCUGGAGGAGAAACUGGACAAGGACUUGAAGGACCAGCGAGACAGCGUGGAGAAGCAGAUCCGCAAUUGGAUCACCACUUCCACCAAGGCCAAGGUAAAAGCUGUGAAGAACAAAAGGAAGCAGGGCGCGGCGAACGAGGACACGCCGUCUUCAGCUUCCAAAGCCGCUGACAAGACCAAUGCAGCCAUGUUCGAAGCCCUUGGCCUAGCAAUGCCAACGGAUCGAGAGGAGCAAAUUGCAGCGCUCGUGGAAUUGCGCGACCAGGAAGGCAGGUACGAAGCCCUUGUGCAGAAGGCCCGAGAAGCUAUCCUUCAGCCUGACAGCAUUCCUUUGACGCGGCUGCAGGGAGAUGAUGAAAAGUCUCGGAACGUCAGGGCCAAAUUGAUGCAGGAGGCUCUUGAAGCAGCGCAGAAGGUGGAGUCUGGCGCCAAUGCUGAGGAGUGUGAAGCAUCACGUUUUGGUGCCAUGGCGGCUCUGAAGGAUGCUCAGGAGAAAGGCGGUUUUGCGAACAAGGACCCCAAGGACCCGUUUCAGUCAGAUUCCCAUGGCACUUUUGUCAUCCUGCAUGAUGUGUAG